AUGAAUUCAGGUGACUCGGAAACUGGCAAGACAACUCUGGUUGCUAAACUACAGUGCAAUGAGGACCCAAAGAAAGGAUCUGGGCUCGAAUAUGCAUAUAUAGACGUCCGUGAUGAGUACAGAGAUGAACACACGCGGCUCAGUGUAUGGAUGUUGGACGGCGACCCUCGUUACUCUGACUUCCUGCAGUUCAGUGUGAACUCCACGUCCUUGGAGCACACCGUGGUGCUGCUCACUGUCUCUAUGGAGACGCCCUGGGCCAUCAUGGACCAGCUCCAUGUCUGGGCCACUACCCUCCAUGAGCACAUCGACUCCCUCAAUCUGGGGCAUGAUCAAGUUAAGCAGCUGCAGGACAAGAUGACGCGCGCCUGGCAGUCCUACGUGGAGCCUGGGGAUGAGCUGGAAGGAUGUGGCGCCGCUUCUCCCCUCAAACCCUCCCCACCAGGAGGGGUGGUGGGAGGGCAAGGGGGAGGACAGAGGACGUCCCGCAGCAUGGAGGAGGAGGAGCUGUUCCUCCCUCUGCCGGAGGGCGUCCUGACGCGCAACCUGGGUCUCCCCAUCAUUGUGGUCGUCACGAAGACGGACCACAUGGCGGUGCUGGAGAAGGAGGAAGACUACAAGGAGGAACAUUUCGACUUCAUCCAACAGUCCAUAAGGAAGUUCUGCCUCCAGUAUGGCGCUUCGCUCUUCUACACUUCAGUCAAGGAAGACAAAAACUGUGAUCUUUUAUAUAAAUAUUUGGUGCAUCUUAUCUACAAUUUCCCCUUCAGAACUCCCGCCCUUGUCGUCGAAAAGGAUGCAGUCUUCAUACCCGCGGGCUGGGACAACGAGAAGAAGAUUUCCAUUUUAUUCGAAAACUUGCAAACAAUGAAUGCCGACGACUACUACGGCGACGUCAUCGUCAGGCCACCCACCUCUAGAAAAGCUGUGGUGCGGGAGGUGGAAGCCGUCUUCAGGAGGCGGCGCCCCUACGCCCUCCGGCGUCCAGAAGACUGA